ACAGGUCAAACACCAAAAUUAGGUCGACGUAUUGUAGUUUUAGUUAGUUAGUUCACAAAUAGUUGUCGGCAUUGUUUUAAGAAUGGCUUAUGUGACCAAAUAUCGUGCAAAUGUGAAAGUCGGAAACUGGAUUGAAGACUUGCGUUUACAAGAGGAUCUAAAGAAGGUAUAUCUGGAGAAAACAGAGAGGGGUGAGCUCACUGCCCAGAGAGUAGACUUCCUCAAGCAGAACAUUUUGAGACCGGUGAAUCUCACUGUGACAAAUGAUGGACGUUUGCACUUUGGGGAUGUUGUGAUGUUGGUGAACAUGGGAGGAGAAAAGAGGCAGUGCAGCUCAGUUGGCAUUAACGCAGACAUUAACAGUUUGACCAAGACUCCUUUACCUGGCAUUCAAGCCCCGUGUGGAGUCAGCGCAGGAAGAGGUAUUGAGGCUUGCACGCGCACUGCCUUCAUCAUAACCAGUGUAGAUGGCAGUCCUGAAGGAUCCAUUCUGCACUAUGGGCAAAGUUUUGCUCUGAGAACAACAAGUGGCUUUGCGGGGGGACUUUACUUGACGAGUGACCUGCGAAGUUUUCAAAAGUGUGCAAAAAAGUCCCGGCUACAAGAGGUCAAUUUGGAUCACGGCGGUUCUUUUUUGUCAUGGUGGAAAACAGUCCACUUUGCCCCCCAGGAGAGGCUCGAAUAUGAGGGUCAGCCAGUUCCUGCUAAUGCGCGUGUGCUGAUCAUGCACUGCAAGACAAACCAGGCUCUCGCUGUUCUGGGUGAUCACAUCCUUUGGACCACAUACGACAAAGAGUAUGAGAUAACGGCGCACACCUUCCUGGACUCCCACAAAGCCGAGCAGGACAUCAACCACUGGAUACUGUGCACCUCUGACCUUGCAGGAAACGGGCUCUUACCUCUCAGCCAACCACAGUCAACGGCCAACAGCAAGGAGCUCACACAGGCAGACCCUGUCAUCUAAAUCCAGUACACUCUCACGCUGUAACAUGUAGGCUAUAUAGAUACCAUAGCAUUAAUAAC